UGUUAACAUAUUUUCACUCACUUUUUAUAGUGUUUCUUGUCAAACUUGGGGCAAAUUGUUACAUUUUUCUGCGUUUUUGUUUCAUUUUUGUUAAUGUUUGGAAUUAGUGUUGAUGUUUACAUUUUUUGAGUGAUUUGCAUUGAAUUCAAGUUUUUAGAUUGAUCUUAUGUUUUUUUUCUUCUUCUUUUGAUUUGUUUUAUCUUUAUUUUGUAAUUUGUCAAAUAUCUGGUUUUUAUUAUAUUUGAAGUUGAUAUCUUUUAUUACAAAAACAGAUGAAAUAAAGCAAAAGAAAACCCAACAAAAAAAAGAGAAACUCAAAAAAAUAAAAAGCAGCAAAGCUGCGUGACAUUAAGAAAACGAAACAAAAAAGGGGAAAAGAAAGGAGACAAGAUGGGACGAGGAUAGAAAGCCAGCAGAACAGAAAGGGAUAGAUAGGCACCCGCACAUGGCUGCGGAAAAAUAAAACAAAAAAAAAGACAGCUGCCAGGAACAAGGGAGUUUUCACCCGCCGCAAGGAGAUGGGAUGGGGAGCCAAAUCAUCUGCUGGGAAGAUUAAUAAAGGAUCGGCAUCAACUGGAAGUUAAUGGGACACACAAUUCACACCCAUAAUUCACACACAAUUCACACCCAUAAUUCACACACAAUUCUGCCGCAGAGCAAUGACACACCUGCAAUCAUUCAACCGCAAGGAGCUCUUGGCCGGAGAAAGGAAGAACGAAGGCAUGGGAUAGGCAGGAAGAAAAAAAGCUCUAGCAGAAAGAAAAGAGAAGAACAUCAGUUCUUUUAUUUUCAUCAGCUAUCAUCUUUCAAUAUUAUCUUUUAAGGUUCGAUGUUCAGUUUCUUGGUUAUAUUCAUGUUGGAUUAAUCUUUAUGAUCUGUUCUUGUAUUAUUUCUAGUUUUCCGGACUUUCAUGUUUGUUCUUGAACUGUUAUUAUUCUGAAUUUUUACUCCGUAUUUGAAUUAUGCUCAUGUAUUAUUUAGGCUUUUCCUGCUUAGUUAGUAGUGAUAGUUUAGUUACAAUUAUGCUAGACUAAAUUUCCAUGGGGUUUGGAUUUGGAUAAAGUUAAGGUUAAUGGGUGUUCUUGAAUAUUGAAUUGAAUUUGGGAAAAUUUUCUAGUUUUUAGGACUAGUUGUUUGAGAUGAAAUUGAUUGAGUAAUUUGUGAAAUUGAUCACUUCACUUGUGAAUGUUUGGAAAAUUAAUUCUUGCUUGUCUAUGAGUGUAGAAUUAAUUUAGCUCACAUCCCACACACCCUAAACUAAGCCUAGAAAUAGGACAUGUUAGGGGAAUUAAAACUAAAUACUUGUCUAUGAGAAUUAGUGUCACUAUUCUUAGAUUAAAGAAAUUAUCCCAUUUUUGUUCAUAAUCAAAGACACCCAAGACCCUUAAUUCCAAAUCUAAACUCCACUUUUAAUUAGUUAAUUUUUUGUUACUAGUCACAUUGAAUUUACCUUUAAGUAUUUUAUUUUUGAAACUUUACUCAUCCACAUGUUUGCUAGUUUAAUAUUUUAAUUAGUUAAUUUUCUCUCAAGUUAUUUUGCAUGUUCACUAGUUUUAGUUUACUCCUUAAUGUCAUUUAAUUAAAUUCUCCGCUACUACUUUUGUUGUUUAAUUUUAUUUACUUAAUCAUUAUCACAAUUAAUCGUUUGAGAAAGCUUGCAACGACUCGUAUUAACCGGUGACCGAUAUUAAAACCAACACUUCCCUCCGCCAUUCCUCAAGAGACACGAUACUCGGGGAAAAACUGAAAGGUUAGACUCCGUUUUACUACAACGCCGCGAAAGCGGUCAUCAAAUGGCGCCGUUGCCGGGGAGUGGCACGGUUGUAAGUUGGUUUUUAUUAUUGGCAUAGGCGAACCCGAGUUAGUGAGACUUUCUCCUUUAUUUUUUUCUUGUUAUUUUUUGUGUUUUUUUUUUCUUUCAAGUUUGCAGGAUCUGUUUUACUCCCUUUAGAAAUGAAGGAUGGCUGGCCUUUUUCUCCAUAACCUCAAGGAACAUUGAGAGGGUCUGAAAAAAAAAAACAAGAUGAGGGAGAGGCCAACAGUGAUUGAAAUAUUAACCUUGGACUUUUUUGAGGAAGAUAGCAUCACCAUUCCGCCAAUCGAUGCCACUGAUUUUGAGAUUAAUCCUGAUAUCAUUCAAGUGAUAUCAAUUAAUCAAUUUGGCGGUUUGAAAUAUGAAGAUCCGAUGGUGCAUAUGUUGUGGUUUAACAGAAUCUGUAACACAUUCCGGAUUAAUGAAGUGUCAAUUGACAUCGUGAAGCUUAUCUUAUUCCCAUUCUCUCUUCGGGAUAAGGCUAUUCGGUGGUUGAAUUCUUUUUCACCAGGUCACUUCACCACCUGGAAUGCUCUUCACCGGGCAUUUAUGCAUGAGUAUUUUCCUCCAUCAACGGUUGCCAAAAUCAGAGCAUCAAUUCAAAAUUUCAACCAGGCUCCGGUGGAAUCCCUGAGUGAGGCUUGGGAUCGAUAUAAAGGCCUACGGAGAAAGUGUCCUACACAUUUCAUGAAUGCUUAUGACUUGAUGUUCUAUUUCUACUAUGGACUUCAAGUUGUAAGUAAAAAAGAGUUGGACUGUUAUUCAAAGGUGGGUUCUUUUCUCGACAUGACACCAAAAGAGAGUGAAACACUCGUGGAGAAUGUGGUAUCAAAUGCUAAGAACUGGUACUACAAGACAGAAUCUUCUUUCGAGACUACACUUCAAGGCACCGAUCAAAUUUCAGCCCUCACAACAAUAAUUGACAACCUGGCAACUCAAGUGAAGAAUCUCAAAUCACAAUCGAGCCAGGUAAAUAUGCCCAGUCAUUUCAUGGAAGUUCAGGAAGGUUUGGUGGAUGCUAGUACUGAAACACCCAAAAUUGAUGAAGAAUCCAUAGACGAGAGAUGGACGUCCACUGAAAAGAAAAACUUAGUGGGGCUGCAAAGUGAGGGAUUUGAUGAAGAUGAUGAAAGUGAAAGUGAAGAAUUCUUUGAGCCAAUUUCAGAAAAAGUUGGUGUGGGAGGCAUUUUGUACGAAAGUGAGUUUGAUAAGGCAUCUCACCGAGAGGGGGAAUUUGAAAUACUUGUGGGUUCACCAUGCAAGAAUUUUAAGGAGAAAACCUCUGAGAAGAGCAAUGAAAUUGAGGAGCUUCUGGAUCUACUUUUGGAGACGUUGGAUGUGCAAGUUGACCAAGAAAAUUUUGCACAAAAUGUGGAAGAAGAAAGUGUGGAGGAGGUCCUUGACUUGCUCCUGGAUGUACUUGAUACUAGUACAAUGCUCAAAACAGUCCAGGUUGAAGGGGAUCUGGAGAAUGAGGAUGACUUUCCUUAUUUUAUUUUGCGACCUGAAAAUGAGAAAGAUGCACAGGUCUUUGUUCUUGCUUGUGAGUUUUUUAUGAAACAGAGGUGGUACACAAGAAGAGUCCCGAGGGUCAAGCUGUAUGAUCCGAGAGUUGGAAAGUCAAGGAAAAAGUGGGAAAAAAAACGUCAAGCUAGUGACGUUAAAGAAGCGCUUUUGGGAGGCAACCCAAGUGUUAAAAAAGGAGGUUUAAAAAAAAUUGCAAAAAAAAAAAAAACAAAAAAAUAAAAAAUUUUUCUUUUCUUUUCCUUGUUUGUGUGUUAGUUUUAAUUCAUCAUUAUAUUUUGUUUGCUUUAGCUUUUUCAGGUUAAUCACCGGAGUUCCCCAAUUGGAUUAAAUUUUCAUUUGUGCUUGCUCUUUCAAAUCUUCUUCAAUGUUGAGCACAAGGGGAGUACUUCUUACUUUUCUCUAUGAUUUUUUACCCUCCACGUGUGUUUAUUUGUGAUUCAUCUUAAGUGUGAGGAGGGUACUUUAAAAAAAUACAGAUUUGCCCUGUUUUAUUUUGAUUUUAUUUUGAGACCUCGAGGACGAUGUCUAUUCUCAAGUGUGAGGAGGGUUUGGAACAGGGCAAUGGACUGAUCAUGUGUGCAUGACAAGAGGCUCAGGUGAACUAAGUUAAGAUCAUUAAUAAGCUAAGGUGUAAUCUACUUUAACUAUUUUUUUUGAAAGUUUUGUUAGAACUAAUCUUUUUAUUAGCAUCAUACUUUUAAAAAAAAUCUUUAAAUAUUAGUAGAUAUGCUUGAUUUCUACUUUGAAGUUGUGUGCACAAGUUUGGAUUUCUGGUUUGAAUGGUUGUUCGGUCUUACUUUCUUUUCAUGGAUAUAUACAAUGCUCCUUGGUUAGCUUAAAAUUUAAAUUCUUUGGAUUAGGGAGAAUUCUAUCCUCGAAUGAGGCUCUGCUUUUAGCAUUUGAUAGAAUAUCUCUUGCUAUUCUGGUUGUACUUGAUUAUUGAUUUGAGAAGUGUCUUCGUUGGGAGUCUCAUCUCCGAGAAGGGGCGCUGCUCUUCUCAUUAUCGUAUUCUGCGAGAGUUGAGUAUAUUUUAUAUAUUUUAUGAGAUAGCCCCACAAAUCAAUGAUUUAGUUUAACCAUAAAAUUCAUACCAACUUGGCUUGGUUUAUAGCUCCCCCAAGAUCAUUCUCAAAAAAAAAAAAAAAAAACUAGGGGAGCUAAAACUGUUUUUAGAACUGGAGCUUGUGUGUAUUUCAUGACUAGUUAAGGAUGACUGAGGGUUUUUGAAUGUGAAUGUUGACUUGUGCUCAUAACUACUUAGUAGCAUUUUUUGCAAGUAUGCUAGUAUUAAAGGAUUUUUUUUUAGUAUGUUGUGUCAUAAAAGUUUAGUUAUUAAUGUACUCUCAUGGAAAUAUAGUUAGAUAGAUUGGAAUAUUAGUCUAUUAAUGAUUGAAUCCAAGUGAUCUUGAGCCCUUGAGUUGUGCACCAUAAACAAUUUGCCUUGAAAAUAUGUUUGAGAGUAGUUUUGUUGCUUGAGGGCAAGCAAUGCUUAAGUGUGAGGAGAUUGAUAAGCCUAAUUUGUUAACAUAUUUUCACUCACUUUUUAUAGUGUUUCUUGUCAAACUUGGGGCAAAUUGUUACAUUUUUCUGCGUUUUUGUUUCAUUUUUGUUAAUGUUUGGAAUUAGUGUUGAUGUUUACAUUUUUUGAGUGAUUUGCAUUGAAUUCAAGUUUUUAGAUUGAUCUUAUGUUUUUUUUCUUCUUCUUUUGAUUUGUUUUAUCUUUAUUUUGUAAUUUGUCAAAUAUCUGGUUUUUAUUAUAUUUGAAGUUGAUAUCUUUUAUUACAAAAACAGAUGAAAUAAAGCAAAAGAAAACCCAACAAAAAAAAGAGAAACUCAAAAAAAUAAAAAGCAGCAAAGCUGCGUGACAUUAAGAAAACGAAACAAAAAAGGGGAAAAGAAAGGAGACAAGAUGGGACGAGGAUAGAAAGCCAGCAGAACAGAAAGGGAUAGAUAGGCACCCGCACAUGGCUGCGGAAAAAUAAAACAAAAAAAAAGACAGCUGCCAGGAACAAGGGAGUUUUCACCCGCCGCAAGGAGAUGGGAUGGGGAGCCAAAUCAUCUGCUGGGAAGAUUAAUAAAGGAUCGGCAUCAACUGGAAGUUAAUGGGACACACAAUUCACACCCAUAAUUCACACACAAUUCACACCCAUAAUUCACACACAAUUCUGCCGCAGAGCAAUGACACACCUGCAAUCAUUCAACCGCAAGGAGCUCUUGGCCGGAGAAAGGAAGAACGAAGGCAUGGGAUAGGCAGGAAGAAAAAAAGCUCUAGCAGAAAGAAAAGAGAAGAACAUCAGUUCUUUUAUUUUCAUCAGCUAUCAUCUUUCAAUAUUAUCUUUUAAGGUUCGAUGUUCAGUUUCUUGGUUAUAUUCAUGUUGGAUUAAUCUUUAUGAUCUGUUCUUGUAUUAUUUCUAGUUUUCCGGACUUUCAUGUUUGUUCUUGAACUGUUAUUAUUCUGAAUUUUUACUCCGUAUUUGAAUUAUGCUCAUGUAUUAUUUAGGCUUUUCCUGCUUAGUUAGUAGUGAUAGUUUAGUUACAAUUAUGCUAGACUAAAUUUCCAUGGGGUUUGGAUUUGGAUAAAGUUAAGGUUAAUGGGUGUUCUUGAAUAUUGAAUUGAAUUUGGGAAAAUUUUCUAGUUUUUAGGACUAGUUGUUUGAGAUGAAAUUGAUUGAGUAAUUUGUGAAAUUGAUCACUUCACUUGUGAAUGUUUGGAAAAUUAAUUCUUGCUUGUCUAUGAGUGUAGAAUUAAUUUAGCUCACAUCCCACACACCCUAAACUAAGCCUAGAAAUAGGACAUGUUAGGGGAAUUAAAACUAAAUACUUGUCUAUGAGAAUUAGUGUCACUAUUCUUAGAUUAAAGAAAUUAUCCCAUUUUUGUUCAUAAUCAAAGACACCCAAGACCCUUAAUUCCAAAUCUAAACUCCACUUUUAAUUAGUUAAUUUUUUGUUACUAGUCACAUUGAAUUUACCUUUAAGUAUUUUAUUUUUGAAACUUUACUCAUCCACAUGUUUGCUAGUUUAAUAUUUUAAUUAGUUAAUUUUCUCUCAAGUUAUUUUGCAUGUUCACUAGUUUUAGUUUACUCCUUAAUGUCAUUUAAUUAAAUUCUCCGCUACUACUUUUGUUGUUUAAUUUUAUUUACUUAAUCAUUAUCACAAUUAAUCGUUUGAGAAAGCUUGCAACGACUCGUAUUAACCGGUGACCGAUAUUAAAACCAACACUUCCC